GAUAUUGUAGAUAUCAAAACAAGAUCCGUUUUCCCAUCAACAACUCAGACCUGCUUUGGCAGUCUUUUUCAGAUUUUAGGGAGCAGAAGGACUGAAGGAACAGAAAUGCAUUUUCCUCCAACCGUCCUAAAAUAUAUAUAUUUUUUUGAUAUAAAGUCAGAAGCAGGAUAUCUCAUUCCCUUGAUCCUGCCCAAAAUUUUGGGAUGAACAACUGAUCCUCGGUAGCCUUUCUCUAAAUCUCAGAAGGAAAUAACGGGGUUUUGUGUUUUUUUUUUUUUUUUGGGCCGAUCCUUCCAAGUGGUGUUGUUGUUGUGAUGAUUCCCAGCAAGAUGUUGGUCUACAACAUCCCUUCCGGGGGUGCCCGCACGGAAACUUUUAAACCUCGCCGAAAGAAGUCCUACGGAGAUUUAUUUAAAAAUGGAUAUCGUGUCAAAUCUGGGCAUAAUAACCUUGGAAAGGAAGAGCCACAUACAUUUCGACAGACUCUGGGCUCUUAUUCCAGAAUUGGCUAUCACUGGGGUUUAAGAUUUUUGCGCGCUCUUAGGCUGAUUCAGUUCUCAGAAAUCUUACAGUUCCUGAAUAUUCUUAAAACAAGUAAUUCCAUCAAGUUAGUGAAUCUGUGCUCAAUAUUUAUUAGCACCUGGCUGACAGCAGCUGGAUUUAUACAUUUGGUGGAGAACUCAGGGGAUCCAUGGGAAAACUUCCAAAAUAACCAACCACUUACAUAUUGGGAAUGUGUUUAUUUGCUCAUGGUUACUAUGUCCACCGUUGGCUACGGAGAUGUUUAUGCAAAAACAACCCUGGGCCGCCUUUUUAUGGUUUUCUUCAUCCUUGGGGGAUUGGCCAUGUUUGCCAGUUACGUGCCUGAAAUCAUAGAGUUAAUAGGAAACCGCAAGAAAUAUGGUGGGUCCUAUAGCGCGGUUAGUGGAAGAAAGCACAUUGUUGUCUGUGGUCACAUCACUUUGGAAAGCGUGUCCAAUUUCUUGAAGGACUUCCUUCACAAGGACAGGGAUGAUGUCAACGUAGAAAUUGUCUUUCUGCAUAAUAUCUCCCCUAACCUUGAGUUGGAAGCUCUUUUUAAACGACACUUUACUCAGGUGGAAUUUUUUCAAGGGUCCGUUCUUAAUCCGCAUGACUUGGCUAGAGUAAAGAUAGAGUCAGCAGAUGCUUGCCUGAUCCUUGCCAACAAAUACUGUGCGGAUCCAGAUGCCGAAGACGCUUCUAAUAUUAUGAGAGUAAUUUCUAUAAAGAACUACCACCCCAAAAUAAGAAUAAUCACUCAGAUGCUGCAGUAUCACAAUAAGGCCCAUCUGCUGAAUAUUCCAAGCUGGAAUUGGAAAGAAGGGGAUGAUGCCAUAUGCCUUGCAGAGCUGAAACUGGGGUUUAUUGCUCAAAGCUGUCUGGCACCAGGCCUAUCGACCAUGUUGGCAAAUCUCUUCUCCAUGAGAUCAUUUAUAAAGAUUGAAGAGGACACUUGGCAGAAGUACUACCUGGAGGGAGUAGCUAAUGAAAUGUACACCGAAUAUCUUUCCAGUGCUUUUGUUGGUCUGUCGUUCCCUGCUGUUUGUGAGCUGGUCUUUGCGAAGCUAAAACUCUUAAUGAUAGCCAUAGAAUAUAAGUCGGUGGAACGGGAAAGCAGAAGCCGAAAACGCAUAUUAAUCAAUCCUGGGAACCACGUGAAAAUUCUAGAAGGAACGCUAGGAUUCUUCAUUGCAAGUGAUUCCAAAGAAGUGAAAAGGGCCUACUUUUAUUGCAAGGCGUGUCACGAUGACAUCACCGAUCCCAAAAGGAUAAAAAAAUGUGGCUGUAAACGAUUGAUCUAUUCCAAGAUGUCCACGUACGAGAGACUCAAACUGGCAUGUUGUUUUGAUUGUGGCUACUCUGUGCAUGACCGCACACGCAAGUCAGACCGUGUGCAUUGUAAGAUGGACACCCUUGAGAGAGCCUUCCCACUUCCUUCCGUCUCUGUUAGUGAUUGCUCCACCACUUUACGUGCCUUUGAAGACGAGCAACUGACGACUCUCUCGCCCAAGAAGAAACAACGGAACGGAGGGAUGAGAAACUCGCCCAACUGUUCGCCCAAAUUGAUGAGACACGAUCCUUUAUUAAUCCCUGGCAAUGAACAAGUUGACAACAUGGACUGCAACGUAAAAAAAUAUGACUCCACGGGAAUGUUUCAUUGGUGUCCAGCAAAGGAGAUUGACAAGGUUAUUUUGACCCGAAGUGAAGCUGCUAUGACAGUCCUCAGUGGCCACGUGGUGGUUUGUAUAUUUGGCGAUGUGACAUCGGCGCUGAUAGGACUAAGAAAUUUUGUGAUGCCCCUCCGAGCAAGCAAUUUCCACUACCACGAGCUGAAACACAUCGUGUUUGUGGGCUCCCUGGAAUAUUUAAGGAGAGAAUGGGACACCAUGCAUAACUUCCCCAAGGUCUCAAUUUUACCAGGUACACCAUUAAGCCGAGCUGAUUUAAGGGCUGUCAACAUCAACGUUUGUGACAUGUGCGUCAUCCUGUCAGCCAAUCAGAAUAAUAUUGAUGAUACUUCGCUGCAGGACAAGGAAUGCAUCUUGGCGUCUCUGAACAUCAAAUCCAUGCAGUUUGAUGACAGCAUAGGGGUCUUGCAGGCUAAUUCCCAAGGGUUUUCGCCACCUGGAAUGGACAGGUCAUCACCUGACAAGAGUCCAGUGCACGGCCUUCUCCGUCAGCCCUCCAUUACGACGGGAAUCGAUAUCCCUAUUAUUACUGAGUUAGUGAAUGAUUCCAACGUCCAGUUCCUGGAUCAAGAUGAUGAUGAUGACCCAGAUACCGAACUGUAUCUAACCCAGCCUUUUGCGUGCGGGACCGCCUUUGCGGUUAGUGUCCUGGAUUCCCUCAUGAGUGCGACGUACUUCAACGACAAUAUUCUCACCCUGAUACGCACCUUAGUGACGGGAGGGGCCACGCCCGAACUGGAGUCCCUGAUUGCCGAAGAAAACGCCCUCCGGGGCGGCUACAGCACCCCGCAGACGCUGACCAACAGGGACCGGUGCCGGGUGGCCCAGCUGGCCUUGCUGGACGGGCCUUUUGCAGACCUCGGGGACGGUGGUUGUUAUGGAGAUCUAUUUUGUAAAGCUUUGAAAACGUACAAUAUGCUCUGCUUUGGAAUAUACCGAUUGAGAGAUUUCAACUCAAGCACGCCUAGCCAAUGUACAAAACGUUUUGUUAUAGCCAACCCACCUUAUGAAUUCGAGCUGGUGCCGACCGACUGGAUCUUCUGCUUGAUGCAGUACGAUCACAACGCCGGCCAAUCCCGGGCCAGCCUCUCCCACUCUUCCCACUCUUCUUACGCGUCCAGCAAAAAAAGCUCCUCAGUCCAUUCUCUGCCGGCUACUGCAAACAGACAGAAUCGCCCGAAGAGCAGAGACUCCCGGGAAAAGCAGAAUGCCACAAGGAUGAAUAGGCUGGGCCAAGCAGAAAAGAAAUGGUUUACAGAUGAAUCGGAUAACGCCUAUCCCAGAAACAUUCAAAUCAAGCCCAUGACCACCCACGUAGCAAAUCACAUCAAUCACUAUAAGUCUACAAGCAGCUUGAUUCCACCAAUCAGAGAAGUCGAAGACGAAUGUUGACUCCUAGAAGGACAGGACAAUCUGUGUGUGGUUUGUUUGUUUGUUUGUUUUAAAAAGAGAGAGAGAGAGAGAAAGAGAGAGAAAAAAGGCACCUGACGGGACGGGACUUCAUGAACGGUGAUAUAACAUUUAUUCCUCUUUCAUGCUGAACCUUUGGUGGGAAAAGUGAAAGUCCAGUAGACAGAUCUUUGUUUGUCUGCCUUUAAUAUUUGCUUCCAUGUAUUUUGGAAACACUUUUCAUUUAUAUGAACAUAAUAAAAAAAAGUCAUGUAUAGUCUCUAGCAUUUUAAAUUAUUUUUAUUUAUUAGAAAGAUGAUAUAUGAGGAAUAUAUUUCUUUAUUCAUUCUCAAGUAUUUUCCCUUAAAAGAACAGUUGAAGAUUGUGGCCGGACUCCAUAUAUGGAGAAUGAUGGUCACAAAUUGAAGCAAAAAUGUAAUUAAGAGAGAAAAAUAAUGUAUUUUAAACAAGUCCACUUGUAUUUUAGUAAAUCAAAGAAGAAGAAAAAGAAGAAUUACUAGAAUGUUUCUUUUCUGGAAGACUUGUAUUUUGUUUAGCAUUGACACCAGCUCUUAAUAAACUAAAGUUUGUUUAUUUUGGGGGAAAAAACAGAAAUGUCCUAUUUUUAUAGAAAGAAUAUUAUUCUGGAAUUAUGAAUCUUUAAAGACAAGCCUCCCACUCUUGUGCCCUCCAGAUGUUAUGGGAUCCUAAUUCCCCCACAGUGGAAGACACCAGGUGGAGAAUGGCUUUCUUACCAUUGUAUUGCUCACGGAUUUUCAUAAUGGAAUCUUCCAAUGAAAUAAUUGCACAACAGGCGCAUUCGGCCAACAAGUUAUAGGGAAAAAAAUAUCAAUGCAACAUUUGUAUGGUCUUCCCAAAGUGCUUUUCCAAAAAUCAACUUUUGGAUUUCCUUGGUUGUUUUUUUUCCUUGAAAACAUUUUGCUUCUCCAUCCAAGAAGCUUCUUCAGCUCUGUUGAGUUAGUUCAGCACUGAAGACACUUCUUGGAUGAGAAGCAAAAUGUUUUCAAGGGAAAAGAAGAAAAAAACCCCAAGGAAGUCCAGCUGUCUUUUGGAAAAGCACUUUUGGGACAACCAUGACCUGGAUGAUUGAGAAUCUCCAUAGACGUUUGAAUGGUCUUUAUUUCUUCCAAAACCUGUAGAAAUGUCUUUCUGUAGCUUUCUGGUGAGUAUCAUCAGAAGAUCUCAAGAUGAAGAGCGAUUAACCACAUCAAUUGAAAAUUUCUUCACAUGCUUCAAAAGGUAUUUGCAGCCUAAUCUCAUAUUUUUUAAAAAAAGAUAGGCUUAUCGUUGGACAAUGAGGCUUUACAGCAGUGUUUCUCAACCUUGACAAUUUUAAGGCAUGUGGACUUCAACUCCCAGAAUUCCACAGCCAGCAUUGCUGACUGUGGAAUUCUGGGUGUUGAAGUCCAGAUGCCUUAAAAUUGUCAAGGUUGAGAAACACUGCUUUACAGAGUGAUUUAUGUUAAUCUAGCCAAAAGCUGAGGUUGGCCAUGCAGCCUGAAAAGUGACAACAUUUGUGGCAAAGAUCUCAGGGGUGUCCUGUGUUCUUAAUGGCAGAUUCCAGCUUCUCAGCCAUAACACAUGCAGAUGUUGAUCAAGCUCUAACUGUGAUGCACACACUACGAUCCAGACGUUGCUUAUGCUAAGCUGCAGCCACUUAAUUUCUAAUUUCUUAGAAAUCAACUAUUUAAUUUCCAAAUAUUUGGAACUCUGCCCGUCACAGUGACAUCAAAUGAAGCAUAAGCAUAGUAAUAAAGAAUAAGGAUUAUGUUUAAUGUCAGGAACACAAAGCGUUUAGAAAAGGCUUAGACUCAGAGUUUUUCUUCCUCAAAAUGGUGGACGACCUCUCUAGCCAUUAGACAAAAUUGUGGUGUUUCAUAUCUGUAUUGCAAAACAUAGUUACUCCAGCAUUUCAGGCUGUAAAUAAUUCAGCAACUCUCCAGUUUAAAUUAUGUACUCCUGACCUGGAUCCAUGUAGACAGACCAAUUCUUGAAGAAAAUGGCUACAGUAAGACCGGGGUCAAUGAUGGCACCAGGUCACACCUACUACACAAGCUCAGCUUUGUAAUUGUGCAAAGUGUAAACCUGAAAUUAAGCAUUCUGUGAUAUUGUUAUCAUUAGAGUAAAUGCCAGUGAAUCAAAUCAGCACUGUAUGAUCCAGUAUCUUAACCAAAAAUUAUUUCAGCUUUAAUGUUGGUCUACUAGUUGCAAGACAAAUAUAUUCUUAUUUUGUCCUAAUAGGCUGAAUUCCAGAGUGGCUCCUUCAACUGUGACCUACUCUGUUGUUAAGUUUUGCAGAAUGAUUUAUUCAAACGUACAAACACAAACGAGACUGGUGAAUACAAUGCAUGGAGAACUGAACGGUUUGAUCAAAAGCACACAUGACACACUUAUUGCAUCCUCUCUCCCCCCCCCCUGAAAAUCAACAAUGAAGUGCAGUUUUCUUUAGCCAUAUCCCAAGACCCAUGUGGAGGUGGGUCAUACUUUGGAGAAAUCUUACUCACUAAAAAUAUGGGCAGCUGGCAAGGGGGUCUUUUUUGUUUUUUGCAUUAGGUGUGUUUUCAAAGGGCACAAUCCAUGAGGCGGUUGUGGAAAAAGGACACGGAUGGUGUCAGUUUCUACACUCCUUUUUCGUUCAUGAACUAAAAGUUAUAAAACUAUAACACGCUUUGAUACGAUAAUAUAUUCGAUCUUUAGAAUGUUGGCUCUGGGAGCGAAGCAUAUAGAAAAUCGGUCAAAAAAGCACCUUUAAAAAGGGCAGAGUUGUUCUUUUUAUUAAAAAGAUUGGUGAGUUAUUUGUUGAAUUUAUAUAGCCACCUUUCUCUGGGCAAUUAUAAUAGCAAAAAGUGUAACGCUAUCCGAGCAAU